AGGAUCGUAGUGUUGUUUGUGGCCUCGACACGCAUCUCCGUGCUUCUUCAGAGGAACCUGAGCCCUGGAAGUUGACUGAAAUCUGUGGUAUCACUACGCAACUGCGCGUUGCUCUUUCCGAACAAACUUCGUACACAUGAUUAAGCACUAGAUUGAUGAAGUUGUGCUUGUGCAUCGCAGGCAGGGUCCUGCUCAGAAUGACGGCUAGUAUCUUCUAUCGAGUCGGCAGAAAGAACAGAAGUAGGAAAGCGCCGCUGGUCGACAAAUCGGUUGUACGACCGGACGCAGGAGAUUCAAACUAAUAGUGUGUUGCAACGCUGUAAUUCCAGUUCAGUUCUCUCAGCCGCGCGUCAUCAAAUUUGUGCGGCUGUGGUAGUAGGUACUAUACUACUUUCGGGAAACACAACCAGCGAUCGCGUUAUCCGGAGCCGCGACAGGUUUCUUGUUUAAGAAUACCGCUAGGUGAAAAUCGUGCCUGGGAAAUUUUUCGCUUGCAUACCGCUUAGAAGGUAGUGGCACGAGCGUGUUGUCGGGUAAGUAUCGAUUCUAUGCAGAACCAUAAUAAAUUCUAAUGCAGUUUAGUUUAUACUUUUACUUUUCCAUAAUUUUCAUUUCCAUCCGGAUUUUCCCAUCACUCACAGCAUGGUGAUAGAAGCUCCGCACUGGCCAUGUGGGAAGAGGAACCAGACCACACGGUUAAAGAUCGGCUCGAUCAUCCGAGGGCGGAGGCCGGGACAAUGUCGUAGCUGGUGUCCUUCUUUCCCGAACGCUAGGAAAAAUAGCAAGGACCUCAGGCGAAUCAAUCGCACACGUGCAAUAAAGGGCGACCCCCGCAUGGCAAGACGGGUUUCCGAUCUCCUUCAGAAUUUCCUUCUCUCUAGAUUUCCGACGUUUUUUGUCAUGCACUUUGUUUUGACGCUUCUCGCGAGUCGCGACCAAAAAGAAAGCUGA